CGGGGCGUCACUACACCGGAAGGAGUAACAGCAGAAACGGUCCCCCUACUGAUCAGUCAUGUAGAUGUUAUGUAGUCGCUUGUGUCACGCAUUUUUAACCUUUUUCACGUUGAUGUUUUGAGUCAGGAUGGCUUCUCUUAAGUCAGCGCUGGCCUUUUCCAACAGGGUGCUUACGACACUGAAAAAACAGACACACGUCGUUUACAUCAAGAGGACUCUCCUCCUGUCCAGACUGCCACUCUGCAAACGUGCCGACGGUAGGCUCGUUCCCUUCGGGCGAGCGUCCAGCUCCACAGCAGCGGAGGCAGAGAAAGGACAAGACUCUUUCCUCAAAUGGUUCCUGCUGCUCAUCCCUGCCACCGCCUUUGGACUUGGCACAUGGCAGGUGAGACGGCGUCAGUGGAAAUUGCAGCUGAUUGAUGAGCUGACAAGACUCACGACUGCAGAACCCAUCCCUCUUCCUCUUGAUCCUCAUGAGCUGAAAAGCCUGGAGUACAGAAGGGUGAGAGUGCGUGGACAGUACGACCACUCAAAGGAGCUGUACAUUCUGCCGCGCUCACCUGUCGACCCAGAGAGAGAGGCCAGGGAGGCAGGCAGACUGUCUUCAAGUGGCGAGACUGGCGCCAACGUCGUCACCCCAUUCCACUGCACUGACCUCGGCAUCACAAUCCUGGUGAACAGAGGAUACGUCCCAAAGCAGAAGAUACGACCGGAGACCAGGAUGAAGGGGCAGGUGGAAGGUGAAGUGGAGGUGGUCGGGGUGGUGAGGCUGACGGAGACUCGCAAACCCUUCAUGCCAAACAACAAUGUGAAUAAAAACCACUGGCAUUACCGGGACCUGGAGGUCAUGUCCAGUGUCACUGGAGCCGAGCCCAUCUUCAUUGACGCCGACUUCGGGAGCACCAUUCCUGGUGGACCAAUAGGCGGACAGACCAGAGUCACGCUGAGGAAUGAACACAUGCAGUACAUAAUAACAUGGUAUGGCUUGUGUGCUGCGACCUCCUACCUGUGGUUUGCCAAGUUCAUCAAGAAGGUUAAAAUGUGAUGAUUAAAUGCAGUGAAACUGUAGUAUUAUACAUGAGUACUUGGUCUGAAAUACUCCUAAGCAGACAUGAUGUAGUUGAUUUGUUGCCUAAUGAGCUCCAGUCUGCUGCAUACAUUCAGAGAUGUAAAUAGCUGUGGAUUAUUCUCCUGAUACAUAUUUGAGAAUAAAUGAAUAUGAAUGUA